UAGUCUAACAGGUGCAGCAACCCUUAGAUACUCACAUCUCUAUUAGGCCAUCGCCGGUUGGAUUGUUUUUGUCAAUUUCUACUUUGUUUAUUAUCUGAAAACAGUAUUUAACUUGUUAGAUCAACACUUUACCACCUCAAUAACAGGUGGACGCCAUAAACCAUGAACGAAGCGUGCGCCUUUAAUGAGAACGAGGAAGACGAACAGAAGUACGCCCACCUGCUGAACUCAGAUUAUUUUGGCGGCGCCAGCCAGUCCGCCUUGGAGAGCAGCACCGAUAAACGCCAAUGGAAGAACGAGGAGUUGGAACUCUUUCUGGGCGUCAUCUAUGAACUCAAGUUGCAGAGUCAAUUGCAUGGAAAACGUAAUUCGAAGGUUUUCAAGGUGAUUGCCAAGGAAAUGGGCAAAAAAGGCUGCUCCAAGAGCGCCCAGCAGCUCCAAACCAAAUACCACCAGUUGAGAAAACAAUUUGUGAGGGCCAGGAACGGUGGUGAACCCUUUGAGCACUUUGAGGCCCUGCACGAAUUGUUCCAGGCCAGUGGAGCUUCAGACCUGGAGCCAGAGCCGGACAGUGACAGCGAGGCAGAGAUGGACGAGGACAUGGCCGGCCUAGGCUCUGAAACUGAAGGAGAUGACACCUUAGAUGCCUCUUCCUCUACAAUGCACGUGAAUGCCCGCUGCAAGUGGACCGAGGGCGAGGUGGACAUGCUGCUCGACCUGAUCAUUACAAUGGGCCUGCGCAGAGCCCUACUGAGCAAGCGAAAUGCCAAAGUGUUUAGGGCGCUGGCCAAGGAAAUGGCCAAGCGAAACUGCAACAAGGGCCCCGACAAGCUGCGGAUCAAGUUCCAGCUCUUGCGGCGAAUGUACAACAAGGUGAAGAAUGGAACCGGCGAGACCUUUGAGCACUUCGAGGCCAUGCGUCAAGUGCUGGACCCCACGCCUGAAGAAGCUGCCGUUGGCGACGCGGAUGCGAAUUUGAGUUCUGCCAGUGAAACCGAAUUUAAUGAUAGUGAGGACGAUGAUGGAGAUCCCUCGCAGAGAGGAGCUCACUUUUGGUCGGACGAGGAGGUGGAUGCCUUUCUUUUGGUUAUCAGGGACAACGGCUUCUUUCGGGCCUUGGAUGGCUCGAGGAAACGAAACUUUCAGACUCUGGUGCACAUCUCCAAUAUCCUGGCCAAGCAAUCCUUCAAACGAACACCACACCAGCUGCGAAACAAACUGAGAAUGCUGCUCAAGCGGCAUCGGGAGGCCAAGGAGCAUGGCUUGGAGAACGUGCGCAUCCUGCCCCGCCACUUUGAACUUUUCGACGAGCUUAUCAAGACGCCGCAUGAAACCCCAAAGAGUGCCACCCAAAGACCCAACCGUCCAAUAAAAACAUUCUCUUCGAAGCCAUCCAGGUCGAAGGCACCGCCCGAGACGGACAGUGAUGAAUCCAGCUCUACCUGUGAUCUUCUGAGGGCUGCAGGCGAAAGCGAAGAUUUCGAAGACGGAUUAGACGCCGUGGAAGGCGGGCAGCCCACGCCAAUGGAGGCCAUUACUACCAUCAUGGAGGGUCAGAAGCAACUGUUGAACCUGAUCAAGUCCUCCAACGAGAGCUUCCUGCGGCAACAGCGCGCCCAGCAACAGGAGUUUCUGGAACAAGUGUCCGAGCUGAUGCGCCGCGACCGUGAGGAGACCCUUCGCCGGAUAGAGGAACUACUGCCCCCCAAUUGAUGGACGAGAUGGAGGGGAAGAGGAAGGAAGCUGAAUUCGAUGAUCGAUGGAGCUGCAUGGGGGCAUGCGGUUGAUGUUGAUGUGGCGCCACCUUUUGCUGAUGUUUGUUGGAAUGCUGGAAAGAAGAGACGACGCGACA